GCGACGCGGGGCGGGGGAGAGAGAGAGACGAGCUCGCUCGCUCGCACGCACCCACGCCAUUGACACAGGAGAGGGAGGAGGAGAUACGCUGUACCAUACCAGGCAAGGAAGGACGGCUGCCUCUCCUCGCAAUUUUAACUUCCCCUUCCAGCUGCCACCGAUCUGCGUCGUCUUCCCGUGACGCCGCAGCAUUAGCGUCGCAUUGCAGUUGAGGUCGCUUCCACCAAUGCUGCUGCUCCGGGUGCUGAGAAGAGAAUCAUUGGCGCUUCGCGAGGAUGGGAAUGUGGGAGAGGCUUCAUUCUUGUGUGAGCGGUUUAUUGAAGCGGGGAGCAAGGAGGGAACUGUCGAUGUGUAGUGGAUAUUUCUUCUUGUAGAGUGCGUGGAUGGAUUGCUGAAGGCAAUGCUCCCAAAAUGCUCAUCGUAUCGACAAAGGAAUAGGUGAAGAAAUUUCGACAUGGGGACAAAACAUCUUUGCCAGGGGAAUAUUAUUUCAAACUCACUGAUUCUGCUCAGUUGCUUUCUACGGUGCGAUAUACCAGUGAUUCAGCGCACUCUAGGAUUCAUGCACACAUCUCAGACCUUUGGCAUUUGAAGGCUGAAUGCGAAGAGAAGUUGGUCACUGCUGAAUCAGUAGGUUAUGGUUCAAAACCUAUCCAGCGUAGUGGAUCCGGUGAUGGACUUCAUCUCGUCAGCCUGGGCAUCAAUUUGGCGGCACACUCUCUUAUGAUUCCCGUCGCGGACACUUGAUUGCGAGUCUCUUGAAUAUGACCCAGGGGCAAAGUUUGGUUAUGGGGACCAAGUGGAAAGAGAGAGGACUGUGAAGGAUGCGAGCUGGGUUAUAAACCUGGAGCAGUUUUGAACCACGUCCGAGCAAUCAACAGGGGAUGGGUGAGAUUGCCCUGAAUGGGCAUCGGUUUAGGCGUAUCCCACAUCCUUACUCUUUGCAGUCAACAGACCUCGAGCUCUUGUCAAAUGGGAAUUUGGAGCCAUGGCCACAUUUAAAGGAGCUGCUUCUAAGCUACACUGCAGAAUGGGUAAAGGAUGAACUUAAGUAUGGACGCUAUGAAAGUGUGCCACCCCCUACGUUUGAGAACCAGAUCUUUGAAGGGCCUGACACUGAUGUAGAGACAGAGUUACGCCUUUCAAAUAUAAGACUUGGAAGGCAUGGGGAUGCCACGAAUGAUGAAGAUCCGACAACUUCAGGAAGGUUUUCUCAAGGAUUAUUUUCUGGUCGAUUUUCUGGAAGGUCAACAGCAAGUGAUGUUCCAGAUUCAACUGUUUCUAAAGCACCGAAGCACUAUGGUGGAGCUCCCCUCCCUCCAUAUGAGCCAGUCUUCAAUUGGCGUGCAACGAGGGGAUCUGUAUAUGGUCAAAGGACACCUGAGAUUCCAUCAGCACUAUCACCAAGUGGCGGGCUGAGGAUUUCUGUGAAGGUUGUGUCUCUAAAUAUUCAGGCUGGUCUUGUUGAGCCGUGGUAUGGUACGGUGUGUUUGUAUCACCGGGAAAAGCGAGAAAAACUGUCGGAGGAUUUUCACUUCCGAUGUUUACCAGCAGAGUUUCAAGAUGAGGCUAGUGGCUAUCAACGGAAAGCUAUUUUCUCGCUUGAGGCACCGUCACCAGCGAUCUGCUUGUUGGUGCAGCUUGAGAAACAUGUCACAGAAGAAGGAGGUGUUACUCCUUCUGUCUAUACGCGUAAAGAGCCUGUACAUUUGACUCAAAGAGAAAAGCAAAAAUUGCAAGUAUGGGCAAGAGUGAUGCCGUUUCGCGAACCUUUCUCUUGGUCGACUAUACCACUUUUUGAUGCUAAUAUAACUGGAGGUGUGGGGGGUUUCUCGUCAUCUCCAACAAGCAGUCCUCUGCCGCCGGGCAUUUUGGGGUCGGCUCUUAUGGAGGCAUCACUUGAUUCAGAUGGCAAGUUGAUUGCUGACUCCAAGACCGAAUCUGCUAGUGUCCCAGUUCUGGUUGAUGUACCAGGGCUUCAUCGUGUAAAAGAGAAUUAUACAGAAGAGAUGCUUCAGGACCCUAAGCGCAAAGUACACAAGCCAAUGAAGGCAACUCUACGGCUUGAGAUUGAAAGGCUGUCCAAUGAUGAUCACGAGGCGGACUGCAUCUCUGAGUGUGGCAGCUUCGGUAACGGCUCCUACGAUGCUGAUUCCCGUUCAAUAGGGGGAGCUUCAUUAUCAGGGCGUUCUACUCAAGGGCUAGAGUUCACGAAGGCGUUGUAUAAUGGACAUCAGAAGGGCAGCCCUGUGCAUCGUGAACUUCAUUCAAGCAGUGGAAGUAGUCUUGAGUUGGGGCGGUCAGAGUUUCGCGCUGUUGAAUUUCGACUUGGUCUGAAACCUGAGCCAUUGCCUCAACUAUUGCAUUGUCUGUAUGUUUAUCCUCAAUCUGUGAACCUUAAUCGGAAGCGAAAUCUCUUCAUUCGGAUAGAGCUCAGAAACGAUGACAGUGAUAUUCGGAAGCCACCUCUCGAGGCUCUGUAUCCAAGGGAUGCAGAUAGCUCAAUGCAGAAGUAUGCACACUCUCAGAUUGAUGCCAAUACUAAGAAUGUGCAUUUUCACGAUGAAUUCAAAGUCCAACUCCCUGCCAAAUUGUCACGAGAACACCACCUUCUCUUCACUUUCUUCCAUGUGGAUCUUCAGAUGAAAUUGGAAGCUCCAAAGCCAGUGGUUGUAGGAUACGCUGUUCUUCCUCUCUUGUUCGCGGCUCAGGUUAUUCGGUUAGACGGCACUCUGCCAAUCGCCAGGGAAUUAUAUCCGAACUAUUUACUAGAUAAUGUGAAGGAUAGGUUGGAAUAUCUUGAUGAUGGUAGAACAGUAUUUAAACUGCGCUCUCGUCUAUGCUCAUCUCUUUACCCUGUAAAUGAAAGGAUACGGGAUUUUUUUUCUGAGUAUGAUCGCCAUGUAUUGCGGACAAGUCCCUGGGGUAAUGAACUGAUGGAGGCAAUCAAUGCAUUGAAGCAUGUCGAAGCAUCUGCUAUGCUACAGUUUCUUCAACCGUGUCUGAAUAUGCUACUCCGCAUGAUUGGUGAUGGGGGAGAAACGUUGCAGGUUGCUGCGUUCCGAUCAAUGGUCUGUAUAAUCUCCAGGGUACAAGCAGAGACAUCCGAUGGCGCUGAACGCAAUCGUUACCUUGUUCAUUAUUUAGACUUUGCUUUCGAUGACUUUGGUGGGCGCCAUGAUCCAGUGUAUCCCGGUCUCUGCAGUGUUUGGCGUAGUCUUGCCCGCAGUAAGGCUAAAGGGUAUAGAGUCGGACCUGUAUAUGACGAUGUCCUCUCAAUGGCUUGGUUCUUCCUGGAGUUGAUCGUAAAGUCAAUGGCACUUGAACAGUCUCGGUCCUACUGUGAGGCCGUUCCUCCAGGUGAAGAGUUGCCGCCGCUGCAGCUCAAUGAUGAGGUUUUUAAAAGUAUUGGGCAGCUUUAUGAUUGCUUGCUAACGGAGGUUCAGGAGCGAGGAAAGAAGGGUUUGAUUCUUGCCAAGAAACUUAAUAGUAGUUUGGGCUUCUUCUGCUACGAUCUUCUCUCUGUAAUUGAACCACGGCAAGUUUUUGAUUUAGUUGCGCUCUACUUCAACAAAUUUUCUGGAGUUUGUCUAUCAGCAAUGCAUGAGUACAAACUUACUUUUCUACGUAUCAUCUGUGACCACGACUUGUUUGUUGAAAUGCCUGGUAGAGAUCCGUCGGAGAGGUGUGUAUGCCUCGAUCUGCCUCAAAUGAAUUACUUGGCAUCGAUGUUGAUGCAGGAGCUAUUUAUCACUUUCGACCAUGAAGACCCAGCCUUGAAGGCAAAGGCAUGUCGGAUUUUUGUUCAACUCUUGUGCAAGCAUGAGUAUGAUGCUCGGUAUCAAACACUGGAUGACAAAUUGUAUAUUUCACAACGUUACUUUCCUUUGAUUGGACUGAUUUUGGAUGAGAUGCCAGUAUUCUAUGCCUUGAGCCCGGCAGAGAAGCGUGAAGUUUUGGUGUGUGUGCUCCACAUUUUGCGCUUCUUGGAUGAUGCUUCUCUUAUGAAGGCUUGGCAACAAAAUGUUGCUCGAACAAGGCUAUUUUUUAAAUUACUCGAAGAAUGUCAGGAGCUGUUUGAGUAUAAGAAAGCAGGAGCUGAUGGUUUGAUGGGUGCAAUGCCCGCCAACGAACAAGGAGAUGGGCCCCUUCAGUAUUCUGAGAAGCUAUCUCCUGCAAUCAAUCAUUUUCUUGCUGAAGCUUCACGACAGGAUGUCAGGCUCACCAAGAGCUCUCCUGGUGCUCAGUGGUUAGUGCAACAAGCGAGUCCAGACAGCAGCACGUUUUGGAAGAGGGUAAGUCCGAUUUCAAACAGCUCAAGCAGUCCAAGUCAGCCGCAUUCAUUGCGUGAAGCUUUGGCUCAAGCUCAAUCAGCAGGAAGAGGGGGAGGUAGGCCUCUUAGAGAGAGCUUACAUCCUAUGCUGCGGCAGAAACUGGAGUUGUGGGAAGAGAAUCUCAGCGCCGCAGUCAUGCUGCAACUUCUCGAAAUCGUUGAGAAAUUUAUGGCGGCAACAGCUGGCCAAGCUGUUGCUACGGAUUACUCAAGACUUGACUGCAUUACAAGCAUCAUAACUGGGUUUCUAGGGCGUAGUCAGCCCCUACCGUUUUGGAAAGCUUUCCUACCCGUGUUUAAAAAUUUGUUUGCCCAACAUGGGGCUAUUCUGAUGAGCCGUGACAACGAUAGGUUUCUGAAACAAGUUGCGUUUCAUUUACUACGGCUAGGGGUUUUUCGUAAUGAAUCUAUUCGAAAACGUGCUGUUGUGGGCCUUCUAAUUCUUGUGAGAACAGCUUUCCAAUAUUUCAAAGGGCUCUCUCGUCUGCGUGUGUUGCUCACAAUCACGCUGUCCGAGCUUAUGUCGGAUGUUCAAGUGACACAACAUCGAAUGGAUGGAUCUUUAGAAGAAAGUGGUGAGUCCCAACGCCUUCGUAGAUCGCUGCGGCAAAUCGCUCAGGAGAACAUUAAUGCAGAUCUUCUUCGUGAAUGUGGACUUCCUGAAGAUACACUAUCAAUAAUGCCAGAGGGAGAGUUUGAGCAAAGUUGGAGCUGGACAGGAGUUGCCGAGCUCUCUAGCACUUUGCUUAAAGCUGUUGAGGCUGCUGUUGGACAUGCUCUUCUGGGCCCAGAAGUCAUGACCACUGACAAAUAUGCCACUGCUGAGGCAUACUAUGGUCUGGCUAGGGCAUACUCCAACGUUCCUGAUCUACACAUUAUGUGGCUUCUCUAUCUAUGUGAAGUUCAUCAAGGCAACCAGUCUUAUGCAGAAGCAGCCCAGUGUGCAGUUGCUGUUGCUGGUGUCAUUAUGCAGGCUAUUGUGGGUAAAGGAGAUCACAUGUGGGGCAAGGAACAUGUCGAAGCAUUGCGAAAAAUCUGCCCAAUGCUUACCGGUGCUAGCUUUGGAGAAGCUGCUAGUGCAGAGAUAGAGGGCUAUGGGUCAUCUAAGCUUACUGUGGAGUCAGCCGUAAAGUAUCUUCAGCUUGCAAAUAAACUUUUUGUUCAGGGAGAGCUUUUUCAUUUUUGUGCUGGUAUUUUGGAGCUUAUCAUUCCUGUUCAUAAAGCAAGGCGUGCAUACGGACAACUCUCGAAGUGCCAUACUUCUCUGACCAGCAUUUACGAAGCCAUAGUAGAGCAAGAAUCUAGUCCGAUCCCCUUUACGGAUGCAACUUACUAUCGUGUGGGUUUCUACGGAAAAAGUUUUGGCAGCCUGAACUGCAAGGAAUAUGUUUACAGGGAGGCAAGGGAUGUGCGAUUGGGGGAUAUUAUGAGAAGCUUGGGAAAUAUUUAUGAGCCAAGAGUGAUUGAUGGAAAACAGUCCUUGCAUAUUAUUCCUGACUCUCGGCAAGUGAAGGUUAAUGAUCUUCAACCGGAGAUCUGCUACCUGCAAAUCACAUCUGUUGAGCCUGUUACUGAGGAUGAGGACCUGGAAUGUAGACGAGAGAGACAGUCCUGCAGAUCUGCGGCAACGGUGAGUGCUCGGGUGUACAACCGUUUUCUGUUUGAUACCCCUUUCACGAAGAAUGGCAGGUCGCAAGGAGGUCUAGAGGACCAAUGGAAAAGACGUACAGUUCUUUGGACAGAAGGUCCUUUCCCAGCUCUUGUGAACCGUUUAACAGUUGUGAAGUCAGAGUCUCGAGAAUUUUCGCCAAUUGAGAAUGCGAUAGGCAUGAUUGAGACCCGUACAGCUGCCUUAGCAGGGGAGCUAGAUGACCACCGUUUGAAUGAAGGUGACCAUCUCCCUAGGUUGCAAAGUCUGCAACGGAUACUGCAAGGAAGUGUCGCAGUGCAGGUGAACAGUGGAGUGCUUGGAGUUUGUGCUGCUUUCUUAUCUGGGGAGCCUGCAACAAGACUCAAGCCACAGGAACUUCAGCAGCUCAUAGCAGCACUUCUGGAGUUCAUGGCCGUGUGCAAGAAAGCUAUACGGGUGCAUGCAAGACUUAUUGGGGAGGAGGAUCAAGAAUUUCAUUCGCAGCUUGUGAUUGGGUUCCAAUCUCUCACUGCCGAGCUCUCACGCUUCAUUCCUUCCAUCCCGUCAGAUUUGUGACCACCAAAACUGUAAUAGGAUGUGUCCAUUAAGAAGAAAACUAUGAUGUCACUUGGAUCAGUUGCUAUCCAAGGGUUGUGACAAGGUAGGUAAUUUAAAUACUUGGUGAUCCCGGUUCAUCAGGUUGCUUGAGAAGGUGAGAUAAUCACUGCAGUAUUUCAUGCUGCAGAUCGUCUGAACGUGAUUACAUUCUGAAGAAUUAGUGGACAUGCCUGCAGCUAAUUUUUAACUGUCUCCAUGACAUGGUUGGAGAGGACCAAGCAGGGUUUAAAACUAUCCUGCCUAUGAUGAAUCCCUGCCUUGACGAGCUUCUUGCCACACAUGUAUAAUUGGUCGUUGAUGGAACGGCUAAGGUUCCUACCGUGGCUUAAUGUACAACCACCUUCGAUUUUGCGCUUUUCUGGCCCCAACCUGUGGAUUGAACUUGCACCAAUCUUUGCCUGCAAGCCAGCAACCUCCAGGGUUGCAUAGUUUCCUUCGUGGGUAGUGGUUACAGAAUUUGGUUCACAACUUUGGGACUUAAUAUAGAGGUAGUAUUUGGCCUUUUUUCCGAGUUUAGCUAGGCCUUGAUAGCUUAUGGCAGGUGGCGGGCAGUGUAGAAUCUGCCAUUUGCAGAUGCUGUCUUGAGUAUGCUGCCGAAGUGGGUCCAGGGGACCCUUGGAUGUAAGUGUCAUAUGUACAAUUGCAAAUCCUAUUAUAAUCAGAAACACAACGGUAAUCUUUACAUGUUA